CUGGAUACCCUUUCCCAGUCCCUCCUCAUUCCCUUCCUGUAGAGGUCCCCACUUUCAUGAAUUUGAACGACACAAUUUGAGCAUCAGGAGGCAGAAGGGUAGAACGGUUAAAAUCAUGGGCUGCAAUUCCUGGAUGCACGAUCCUGGGCAAACAUGUAGCCUCUCAAAAGCCUCAGUGUCCCUAUCUGUAAAUGGAGAUAAUAAAAUAAAACAGCCCUCAAAGGGUUACUGUAAAGAUGAAAUGAAACAAAGCAAGCAAAACAAUUAGCACAGUGCCUGGCACAAAGGAGGGCUUGGUAAGUGGUGGCAAAUAUUAGUACCAGAGCCUUAGAACCAUGGACUCAGGUUCAUAAAAUGCUUGAAUUAGAAGAAAGCAGAGGGAACUGUGAAUCCAACUUUCCUCCUCCAUUUUGAGAUGACAUAACUGAGGACUGAGAGAAGGAGAGGAACUUGUCUAAGUUCACAAAGGGAGAACAGCCCCUUUCUGCACCCACACAUCUAUAGGUGAGAGGGGAGACAAGCAAAGCAUUUUCGGUAUUUUUUGCUUCAAAGUGAUUUCCUGUCUAGGGAGUGAACAUUUGCUUGUUUCUCAAAACAUCCAAAGAGCCUUAUGAAUCUACAGGUCUGCCCAGAAACAAGUGAUGAGGGCCCUGGGCAGCCAGUGGAAGCAUGCUGGCCUUUCCACCUGCCUGGGGGACCUCCCCUUACUCAUCCUGCCCCCUUAAAAGCAGCUUUGCUCAAGUGGAGGGUAUUUCCAGCUUUGUGGCUUUCACUUCCACUUCUACUAGGUGGGCGGAGUGCCCUCCUGUGGACGAAUCAGAUUCCUUCUCAGCCCCAAUUUCAAGAGGUGAGCCAGGGGCUCAGCGUCCCAGACAGGCAGGAGGCAGCAGCAGCAGCAAGGAGUGGGGAAGACCAGAGGCCAGAACCAUGGAAGAGCAUCGCGACCUCAUCUCCAGCCAUGAGCAGAUGCCCAUGCUGGGCCAGCGCCCCGGAACCCAGGAGAGCAAGUGCAGCCGUGGAGCCCUGUACACAGGCUUUUCCGUCCUGGUGGCUUUGCUCCUGGCUGGCCAGGCCACCACCGCCUACUUCCUGUACCGGCAGCAGGGCCGCCUGGACAAGCUGACAGUCACCUCGCAGAACCUGCAGCUGGAGAGCCUGCGCAUGAAGCUUCCCAAGCCCGCCAAGCCUCUGAGCAAGAUGCGGCUUGCCACCCCGAUGCUGAUGCAGGCGCUGCCCAUGGAAGGCCCGGAGCCCAUGAAGAACGUCACCAAGUACGGCAACAUGACACAGGACCAUGUGAUGCAGCUGCUCCUGAAGGCUGACCCACUGAAGGUGUACCCGCAGCUGAAGGGGAGCUUCCCAGAAAACUUGAAGCACCUUAAGGACACCAUGGAUGGCAUGGACUGGAAGCUCUUUGAGAACUGGAUGCAUCAGUGGCUCUUGUUUGAAAUGAGCAAGAUCUCGCUGGAGGAGAAGCCUUUGGAAGUUCCACCAAAAGUACUGACCAAGUGCCAGAAAGAGGUCAGCCGCAUCCCUGACAUCCACCCGGGCACGUUCAGGCCCAAGUGCGACGAGAACGGCAACUAUAUGCCGCUCCAAUGCUAUGGGAGCAUCGGCUACUGCUGGUGCGUCUUCCCCAACGGCACCGAGGUCCCCCACACCAGGAGCCGUGGGCACCAUAACUGCAGCGACCCACUGGAAAUGGAGGAUCUGUCAUCUGGGCUGGGCGUGUCCAAGCAGGAUCUCAGUCAGGCCAUCCUGUGAGCACAGCAGACGCAGACGCCAGCACUCAGCCAGCCCUGCAUGGCCACAGCUUCCCUGGCCCCCUACCCUAGCCCCUCUCCUUCCUUUACACACCCCUCCCCUUGCCAUCUCCCACCCUGCACCUCAUUCUAUGAGACUCUGGCGCCUGGCUCUCUAUCAUCCUUGGACACAUCAAAUCAUCAGAAUGGCACAGAUUAACAAUGCCGAAGGGCCCUGCUGCUCAAAACCCCAUCCACUAGCAGGGACACAAGGCCCAGGGAGACGGACCAUGAACCAGGCCGACCCCCACUUCUGACACCACAUGGUGCUCCAAGAUCUAGGCCCAUGGAAGAGGUGGGCAGGUGUAGGGAGAAGGGACGGCACUGACCCAAGCCCUAGGAUGGAUGCCUCUGCUGUCCCCUCCCCCACUGGCCUCGGCCUUCCAGCCCAUUUAACUCGGGGGGAGGAGCCACCCUUUCCCUCUCCCCAGCAUCACCCACCCAGGAAGAACCAGCCUCUCCACCCGCAGCCCCUUCCUUUCUACCAACCCCCAGUUCCGUCUGCGCAGCCAAGCUUGUCGUUGGCCCUCAGGGCCACGGCGCCUGUGAGAAUAAAAGGUAGUGAGUAGAA